UGUUUGUUCUGUGAUGGCCUCCCCAAAUGUAAGUGUUUUUGUUUCCAUUCUUGUUUGUAACUCUGUUUGGAUUUUUCACGUUAGAUAUCUAAAAAAAUUCUCUUUCAUUAGAAGAAAUGGAGGAACGAUGUGCCUCCAAUGCCACCACCUGUCACAUUGUACCCGCAUUGUUCUGCAAACGAAUGGAACCCCAAAGUUCCGCACAGAGAUGUUGGCAUCUCUAAUUUUGGCAACACAUGCUUCAUCAAUGCAUGUCUACAGAUGCUGUACCACACACCCAACAUCAUUAAGUGGUUGGAGACAACCGAGCAUCCUUCAACUUGUAGGAAGUUACUUCACUGCUGCACUUGUCAAAUGCUGAAGACGUGGCGUCAGUACAAGUGCAGCAAAGUUCCAAACAUUAGACCUGCAGCUUUCGUUGCCGUUAUUCGAAGUGCUUUCAGAACUCCUGACAAUGACAUGGACGAUGAGGGUGUGCAGGCUAAUGGGGACAAGCAAGAAGAUGCCCAUGAAUUCCUCCUUUUUUUACUGCAAAAUUUGGAGGAAGAUUUUUUGAGCCCCUUUGCUUCUUAUAAGUAUGAUUUUCUUACUCGGUUGACAAACCCUAUAUUUGAAAACUUUGGAGGGUGGCUGAUGACAAAUUGUGUGUGUACAUCCUGCUCUUACUCUUCCAAUACUUACUCUCCUUUCACAAGCUUAUCUUUGGCUAUUGAAGAAUUUGAUGAAUUAACAAAGAUAAAUCAAAACUGUAGAUCUGUCAAAGAUGCCAUCAAGUACUUUCUAAGCGGUGAAAGGGUGGAAGAAUAUUUGUGCGUUGGCUGCAAUACAAAGCAGACUAUACAGAAGAGUUUUGCUUUUCAUAAAUCUCCACGUAUUCUGAUCUGCCAAUUGAAAAGAUUCCGUCAAGACAAGUCAAAAAUCAAUGACCCUGUCAGUGUCGACAACCAUUUACUUCUUGACGAUUCAGAAAAGAGCCAGUACAAUUUGAUGGGAGCAGUCCUCCAUAUUAGUGCUUCUCGCUCAACAGGGCACUAUGAGACUGUUGUUAAGUGUCCUAAUGGUUCCUGGGUUAAGUUCAGUGAUGAAAGAGUUUCCAGAAUGGAACAUCUUCCCCUACAUAUUUUAAGAUCUUCUGCGUAUGUCCUAUUUUACACGAGAACUGACAGACAGAAAUUAGAGGUAGUGGUUGCAAGCCCCGGUAAACCAUCACAUUUUGUUGUGAGGCCCUUACCUAAUGGGCAGGAUAAAAUAAGAUCCCCAUCUUGUGGACAGGACAGAAUCAAACUUUCAGAGGUUUCAGCCAAUCUAUUGGGAAACAAUAGAUUUGUUGUCAGACCCUUGAAUACAGAGGGAACAUCUGUAGAUCCUAGGAGUAUUUUUGAAGAUUUAGGGUGUGCACCUCUCCCAGUUGGUGAUGCACUACUCACUUCCAUGGGAAAAGUUCAGCCUUCUGUCAGUCCUAUAAAAAUUGUGAAGAAGAGGAAGCCACUUCCCAAUACUUCCUCGAGUCAGUCUUCACAUGAUUACUAUAUUCAAUCACAAAAUAUUGGAGUUAGUGGUCAAGAUGGUUUGCCGAGAAAGGACACUGUGAGCCCACUGAAAAUUGAACGGCACAGAAGAACAGUCCCCAAGACUUCCUCUAGCCAGUCUUCACAUGAUUACUGCAUUCAAUCUCAAACUAUUGGAGUUUGUAGCCAGGGUGGUUUACUGAAAAAGAACACUGUGAGCCCACUGAAAAUUGAACGGCACAGGAGAACAGUCCCCAAGACUUCAUCUAGCCAAUCUUCACAUGAUUAUUGUAUUCAAUCUCAAACUAUUGCAGUUAAUAGACAGGAUGGCUCACCAAGCAAGAAAAUACUUACUCCAUUAAAAGUAACUUGGGAGAGAAGAACAAAUCCAAAGACCUUCUCAAGUUUGUCUUUUGAUGACGACCUCAUCCAAUCUGAAACUGUUGGUUUAGAAAAUCAGGAUUGCUCUCUGAGUAAGGGUACAGCGAGCCCACUGAAAAUCAAAUGGCACCAACGCACAAUGGAAUCGGCGAUUACUACAUCAGAACAAGUUUGGAAUGAAGCAGGCCUCCAAGACAAUGUGGCUGAUUCAUGGGGGAGCCCCAGUCCCAAAAGAAAAAGGGGAACAAUGGCCUUUACUGUAAGUCCCCUCUCUGACAAAGACAAUCAGAAUGAGGUAAACUCAUUUUGUCAUGACAAAUCAAUUGAUGAUUUGUUUGCAAGCCCCAGUCCACAAAAAGACAGGAACCGAAGGCCGCAUACGGAGCAGAUAUUAGAGGAAAAUCUAAUUGAUGAUCCAGCAGGAUCCCCCACUAUGCAAGGUUUUCAGGCUGUACAAUUACUGGAUACAGAAGUGAAUGGAGGAGUUUUACCCUAUAAGACUGUAGCUCAAAACAAUGCACAAUCACUAAAAAGGUGGUUACAGUGUCGUGGAUACCCUUGCUAUGGGAAAAAAGAUGAAUUAGUUGAAAGGGUGGGCCUUGUAAUGGCCAAAGGAAACUACCACAUUCUAGACCCCAAAGUGGACAAAGGUAUUUGGUACAACCAGAAAGUUGCUGAUCUCCAGAAGAAUAAUGUUAGCAGUCAGCCGUUUACUCAGGAAGAUUUGGAACCACCUUCAGACCAGUGGCACACAUUUCCCAGUCUCCCUAUCCCCCCACUAUUCAACUUUGGACAUAUUAUUUAUUAUCUUAUUGAAACCUGCCCUACUUUACCGUAUGAAGAUGACUCAGAGGAAGACUGUGUCCAUGAUGAGCCUGAAGUAUUGCCUGACCCUUUCGAUGAUGAGCAUAAAACCAUUAAUGAAGUUAAGAUGCUUAGGAAAGGGCUCAUGUUCUUCAAAAGUAAGCAUGUGAGAGCCCUUCAAGACUGCUCUCAGGGCAGGUGUUACUUUCUCAAAGCUUCUGUAAGAGCAUCCAUGGAAAAAGAAGCCUAUACGGUCACUGUUGCUCUGUCACAUCGCUCAGGAAGUAUACAUGUAUGUACUUGCGAAUGCAUCCAGCAGUCUCUAGGUCGAUGUGUCCAUGUCAGCAGUGUCCUACUUGCACUUUGGAGUCAUAUCAGGUUAAAUGGAAAUGGAGGUAAGUCUGGAUUCAAAAAUUUCAAGUGCUAUGGUUUCCAUUUGUUAUCAUGUUAACUUACAGAGUUAGAGACUAAGGAAUCUAUAUACCACUUCAUGAAGCGUAAUGGGGAUGCUGUACUUCAAUGGCAAAUCUCGCCACACUUUACAAUUGUCCUUCCUACUCUAUACAUGAAUUAACCGACAUGGAGUUGUGUCACAAUUAUUCCCAAAAUAAUACAUUUUCCUCCCUUUUUUAGCAUUUAUAAUGAAAAACAUUCAUCUUCAUUUUGGAUUUUCAUAUUAUCUUAAUAGAUUCAUGUAUUCCAUGGUUUCACUGUUCAUUCAUCUUUUAAAUUUCAUGCUGCCACCUUUCACUACUGAGCAUUUCAUAUAUGGAGUCAUGAGACACAUUAGCAUGCCAUUGACGUGGACUAAGAUCAUGAUCAUUUCCUAGUAAUGUGGCCAUUUAAAGUAGAUGUCAUCAAAACUCCACUCUCGUUCACUGCAAUCAAUUCAUUUUCUCUAAUUGUUUACCUUUUUUUUAUUGACUGGGGACCUGCACUAACAUAUGAGUUACUAACAGUAUAGUAGUCAUUAAUGAGGUGAGUAAACAUUAAAUUUAUUUGUACCAUAAUUUAUUUCCAUUGUGUUUGU